GCUCCUGCGCCGUCGAAGGCUGGUUCCGCCGCUCUUGGCAAUGGCAGCGGCGAGAACAGUUCCGAGUCCAACCUGAUGGCAUAUGCUUGCCAGACAUGCACCCGCCGAAAGGUGAAAUGCGACAAAAUUGCCCCAGCAUGCACCAGCUGUCGGGAUCGCAGGCUGGAAUGUACAUACCAGGCGCCUCCGCCCCGACGACGCAAACGCAAGCUCAGCGGUGCUGGCGUCGACGACGUACACGACAAGCUGGCGAGCUACGAGCGAAUCCUGCAGCGCCAUGGUUUGCUGCCACAGGACAACUAUGUCUCUCCGGAGUCUGAGAGCAACUCACAAAGUGCCGCGGCAAACCCCAGGACUGACGAGCCCAUGUCUACCUCACACAACAAUCCCGAGACGUCUCGGACUGGAAAGAUCGUGGCCGCUCAAGGCAAGUCGCGCUAUAUCGACAGCAACAUCUGGCGGAGUCUGGGCGAGGACGAAAUCCAGCGCAUGCUUGAUGUUGAAGACGAGGACGACGAUCAGACCCUACGUGCAACCACUGAGGAUUAUGCCUCUGAUCCUCUCACUAGAGCAUUUCUGGGCUACCAGUAUAGCCUUGCUCAAUGCCAUCCAACUCACGCCGAGGCCUUGAUCCUGUGGAACAUGCAUCGCGAACGUGUGGAACCCCUUUGCAAGAUCCUGCACAUUCCGUCGACAAGUGAAAUGGUAGAACGGGUGUCGCAAGAUCCUGCUUCAGCGUCCAAAUCAGAGGAGGCAGUGCUCUUCGCCAUCUAUCACUUUGGAGUCGUGGCUGCGUCAGAUGAGGAGUGUAUAACGAACUUUCGGGAAUCGAGGGCAGCUUUGCGGCAACGAUACAAUUUUGCUGCGAGACAAGCUCUGGUCAACGCCGGUUUUCUAAAAACAACUGAAAUGAAUAUUCUGCAAGCAUUCACAUUACUCCUCAUGUCUUGCAGAACCAUAUACGAUCCACACACUCUCUGGAUCCUCACUGGAGUUGCCAUGAGAAUUUCUCAACGAAUGGGCCUACACCGAGAUGGCGAGUCAUUAGGUCUUCCGCCCUUCGACGUGCAAAUGAGGCGGCGUUUGUUCUACCAAGUAAUGCCUCUUGACGGAGCUGCAAGUCACAUGAGCGGGAUAGCCAUCGCGAUUAUGCCUCAUACAUGGGAUGUCAAACCGCCUCUCAACAUCAAUGACAACCAAAUCUGGCCUGGAAUGACCGAGAAGCCGGAGCCGCAGCAAGGUGCGACUGACAUGAUCUUCUGCCUCACACGUGCGACUGUGGGCCAUGCAUUUGUGCGCAUGGGCGAAUCAAUAUACGGCUCAGGUUCUAAGAGCGACUUAGAUGUGGAACCUAUCAUCAAGGAAGCAGAAAGCAAAGUGGAGGAAAACUACAUUCGCUACUGCGAUAUUGUGAAUCCACUCCACUUCAUAACCAUUAGUCUGGCCAGAUCGGCAAUUACCGCCAUGCGUCUGCGGACACGGCUUCCGAAACUGAGGAAACAGACUGUCACCGAUGCGGAAAGGAGGGACUUGUUCAGACUCGCACUGAGAAUCAUGGACACAGACGCAGCAGCUUGCGCCCAAGGAAGUUUGAAAAUAUAUUCAUGGCAUGUGCACACGUUCUUCGUGUGGGGCAGUUGGGACUCCGUGAUAUUCCUGGUUACCACUCUGCGCAAAGCCGACUUACUGUCUGCAGACGAAACAGACGCAGCUUGGAGGCGGCUCGAAAUGGCGGCCAAGAACCACCCUGAGGUUAUGGAGUCUAAGCAAGCCCUUCAUACUGCUAUCAGGCGCAUCUUGCUAAAGGCGUGGGAAAUCAACCCUCCUAGCAACAAGAUCCCUGAGCCGGGUUUCAUAACGACAUUGCGUUCACUGCGAAGAGCUCGAGCGGAGAAGGAGAAGCGAGAUAUCACGACGCAGGACGCAGAUGGUAUGCCAUUCGGCGGCGUCGACCCCUCUCCCGUCAAUGAUGCCGAUAUCUUCACCAACCUAUCUGGGGAUAUGAACAUGGCCCUCGGUAACGACUUUAAUCUCGACGAUGCCGAUUGGAACUUUUGGGAAAAUUUG